CAAUUUCCUUAAUGUUGAAUGUUGAAUGUUUUGAACUUUUUUCCCUCUGUAAAUUUUCAAUUUGUUUUGUAUGCCAUAUUAUGUUGUUGGAAUACCUAUUUGAUUUUUAAUAUUUUUGUACACCUAUCAACCCGAGUACCCGACCAAAUAAAAAUUCAAAUAGUGUUGACGGAGAGAAAAAAAUAACAUUUAAAUAGUCGUGGACGUGUACUAAAUCUCUUUCCAACCUUCUUACAGUUUUGCUCCACAAUGCCAGAAAGUCAAAGUGUCAAACUUCCAAGGCCAACUAUUGCACCAUAAAGCCAACAAGUAUUAUUUAAUUCUCUUUAGGUUUCCGAGUUUAUUAUUGCGGCUCUCUCUCUCUUCGUUCACACACACACAUCUAUACGACAUUUUCUCUAUAUAAACCCAUAAUGUAAAAACAAUCCCCUUCCCAGACUACUACUAUCCUUAUUAUCUCCCUCUCUUCUCUACCUAUAUCUCUCAAUCAGAAGGACAAGAAACACCAAUAAAUAAAGCUGGGGACCGAUCAAUCCAGAAAGAUAUCAAGAAAGUGCAUGGAGGUUAAGAGUAACAGUUGUAUUGAUAUGAGUGGUGGUGAAGAAGAUGAUCAAAUGAACAUGAUAAUGAUAGAUGAUAUUCGAAGAGGUCCAUGGACUGUUGAAGAAGAUUUCGCUCUCAUCAAUUACAUCGCUCAUCACGGCGAAGGCCGAUGGAACUCUCUUGCCCGUUGUGCUGGACUGAAGAGAACUGGAAAGAGUUGUAGAUUGCGGUGGCUUAAUUAUCUCCGCCCAGAUGUUCGUCGUGGAAAUAUUACUCUUGAAGAACAACUUUUGAUUCUUGAACUUCAUUCACGUUGGGGCAAUCGGUGGUCAAAAAUAGCACAACACUUGCCGGGAAGAACUGACAACGAGAUAAAGAAUUAUUGGCGAACAAGAGUUCAAAAGCAUGCUAAACAGUUGAAAUGCGAUGUCAAUAGCAAACAAUUCAAGGACACCAUGCGUUAUCUUUGGAUGCCACGAUUGGUUGAGCGGAUUCAGGCAGCUUCCACCAACACCGGAGAUUCUUCCUCCCUAACAACCUCUACCACCACCACCACCAACCACGAUGACGUGGACAUGGAUAAUAGUGGUACAAGGAAACUGGUAAUGCCCAAAACUUUCUCUGGUACUUAUGGGAAUACCCAAAUUAAUCCUCCGGACACGACGGAGGAGAAUUCAAGAACCACCGCGGUUUCACCGGUAUCAGGUUUGACCGAUUGUUAUUAUCCGAUGAAUCAGACACAAAAUCAAGAUUCCUUUCAAAACAUCAACAAGAUUGGUGACGGAUUCGAUGGUUCUCUUACUAGCCCCUCGGGUUACUUCAAUCAAACGAUGGAUUUUGAAGCAAUAGUGGAACAAAACAACCAAUGCUCCGGCGUUAUUGACUUUUCGGAUAAUUUGUGGAACGUCGACGACUUUUUAUUUUUUCAACAACAUUUCGACCGUAUGUGAUGAAAUAACCAAAAAUUCUGAUAAUAGUUUAGCCAAAUAGAUUACGGAAUAUUUGUUGAUUUCAUCAUAAGAAUAAUUAUUUUUAAUUUUUAAUUCCAAAAAAAAAAAUGCAAAAGAAGUACUACUUCUAUUUAUCUAUUUUUAGGUUUAUUUACGUCAUUUCGAGUAUUCAAUCCAUUAGAAAGAAAAAAUGUUCAUAAAGAUUUAAAGAAAGAG